AUGAAGACAUUCAAUCUGGCACCUGCAAUCGCGCUAUGGGGACUUUUGGGGAUUACAUCUGCUGGUUGGACAUAUAAAUGUGGUAGACAUAAUUUUACGUUAGAAACCGUAAAUGAAGCGGUUAACGCAGUCACCAAAAGAAGUUUUAUCUCGACAAGAGCUAUGGGUUCAGGGGGAAGUCCUGGACUAAAGACCAAAAUUCCUUUGAGAAUUGAUCCGCAAGAUACCAGCACUUUUUAUGCUAUUUUAUCAAUUAUUGAAUACGCAGUCUUGGAUGUAGUGGUACACGUUGAUGGUGACGAGAAUACUGGGGAAUUUUGCAAGUUGGAAAAUAUCUAG